AAUGGGUCAAUAUGAAUAAGGCAUUUAAUAGUUUGACAAAGUCUUGGUGAUCGAUCCUUAAAAUUUAGUUUCAUUAAAAGGCAAAUGUAAAUCAAUUUUAAAUUAUUUUAAGAAAUGGAUUUUUUUGGUUUAAAUAAUUGA